AGUAGCUAGCCAGUUGUAGUGGAACGGAGCCAGCAGCUGUCCUCACCUCCUCACCUCCUAACCCUGCCUCCCACUGCCUCCCGCUGCCUCCCAAGCCUCUGUGCCUGCUACGGGACAACAGCCUUUCAUACGGAGUAACAUUAGGCUUCAGCAGGUUGCUGGAGGACAGGCUCAGCAGACAACGGUCCGGGUGUCAGUCACGCAGUGAGAUGCCAAGAAAGGCGCCGCUUCACCGACACAGCUCGUCGUGGCUUUUGCACUGAUUUGUGAGAAGCAUCUCUGUGGUUCUCUGUCCUGUUCACCAUCAACGUUAUCCGGCUGGCGAGGUGUGAAAAGUCACUGUCAUGACUGGAGCUGAGACUGAGGAUGAUAUUCCAUUAGGCGAAAGGAAGACUGUCACAGAUUUCUGCUAUCUCCUGGACAAGUCCAAACAACUCUUCAAUGGGCUAAGAGACCUUCCUCAGUAUGGACACAAACAGUGGCAGUCCUACUUUGGACGGACAUUCGAUGUCUACACUAAGCUGUGGAAAUUUCAGCAGCAGCACAGGCAGGUUCUGGACAGUCGCUACGGGCUGAAGAGAUGGCAGAUUGGGGAAGUAGCAUCCAAAAUUGGACAGCUUUACUACCACUACUACCUUCGUACCUCAGAAACAAGUUACCUGAAUGAGGCCUUUUCAUUCUACUCAGCCAUCCGUCAGCGAUCCUACUACUUUCAGGUCAACAAAGAGGACAGGCCAGAAUUAGUAGUGAAGAAGCUUCGAUAUUAUGCUCGCUACAUAGUCGUCUGUUUACUGCUCAACAAGAUGGACCUAGUCAAAGUUUUGGUGAAGGAGUUAUCUGAGGAAAUCGAAGAUUACACCCAGCGAUUCAACACAGAGGACCAAUUGGAAUGGAACCUAGUGCUACAGGAAGUUGCAGCUUUUGUAGAGGCAGACCCAGUGGUCGUACUGAAUGACAACAAUUCUGUCGUCGUCACCAGCAACCGGCUGCAGGAGGGAAGUGUGCCUCCCCUGGAACAAGGCAUGGUGGUUGGGCAGCUCGUCCUUGCAGAUGCACUAAUCAUCGGCAACUGUAACAACCAGGUGAAGUUCAGCGAGUUAACCAUCGACAUGUUCCGCAUGCUUCAAGCUCUGGAGAGGGAACCCGUCAACCUGGCCACACAGACUUCUAAACAAGGAACGCUGGAGCCCAAUGAGAAGCCAGCUAAAAGAGAAAACCCUCACAAGUAUCUGCUCUACAAGCCAACAUUCAGCCAGCUUUUUACUUUCUUGUCUGCCUCUUUUAAGGAAUUGCCUGCAAACAGCGUUCUGCUCGUCUACCUGUCAGCUACUGGAGUCUUCCCUGCUGGACAUUCAGAUUAUGAAGGACCGUAUGAUUUUGGAGGAGUUCUCACGAAUACGAAUCGAGACGUGGUGAAUGGAGAGACGGUGCAGAAGAGGAAUCAGGCCCAGAAAGAAAUGCACUGCCUUCAUCCUGGAGACUUGUUCCCUUUCACCCGGAAGCCACUAUUUGUCAUUGUGGAUUCUUCAAACAGCACAGCCUACAAGAAUUUCACAAAUCUGUUUGGCCAGCCUCUGGUGUGCCUACUAUCACCUACUGUAUAUCCCAAGAGUGUACAAGAUCAGUCUCAGCGUGGGAGUCUCUUCACUCUGUUCCUCUACAGCCCACUCUUGGCUUUCUCCUCUGUGUGCGGCUUAAACAACGUGCGGCGAGGACUGUGGGAGAGGGCUCAAGAAUUCCUUUGCAAAGUCUACCAUGACAUCGGCCAGAUGAUAACUCGAUCACGGACCAUAGAUCAAGCCUUUUUGCAAUUCUUCGGUGACGAGUUCCUUCGGCUGCUGCUGAUCCGUUUCGUUUUCUGCUCAGCCGCACUGAGACUGCAUAAACUCUUCCGGGAGGCGCGGAGCUUCCCAGAGUCGUACCCUGAGCUCCCCAAACAGGACACAGUGGAGAGCAGCGUUUUACAGAAGCAUAUAUUGGAGCUGGCCACCAUGCUGGACGUGCAGAGCCUAUUUUGGGAUGAUUCACUGGAGGCCUACUAACAUCUCCGCACAGGGCGAAAAUGGCAAAACGUGUACAUACAGACACAUAGGACUCAACUGCCACAGCCCUUGCAGUUGCUUUUCUUUUUUUUUUUUCUUUUUUUUCUUUUUCUUUUUUACAGGUAAUCCAAUAACUGAUUCACACAUAAAAAUUCAUGUCCUGCAUUUAACUGUUACUUGUGCAAAAUGUAGUGCAACAUCAAAAUGUUCACAUAGGUAAGUCAGAGUUUAAUAUAGUGUAAAUUCCCCCAUUUUUGAGUCUCAGCGGCUUGCAUCGUGAGUAUAACCAUCAUAUAAGACAUAACCAACCAAUAAGAGGCUAUGAAUAACUCUUUGACUCACCAUUCCCCAUUCAAACGCAAAAGUUUAAAACUGCAGCCAGUAACUUCACUCCUCGUGUCAGAUAAUUGUGAAGUUGGUUGUCUUGGUGGUGUUUUUUUUUUAAAGUAAUAUUUACCAUUGUUUAUUAGAAUGAAGGUUGUGUAAGCCUCAAGGAUAGAGAAUAUGAACCUGGGCUUCUUCCAGGUGUGACUUUAUCUAUCUGCAUGAAGGCAAAGCGUGGUGGGUGGUCCUGAACUAAUCCCUUCACUGCAUCAGUAAAUGUUAAAAACAGUUACAAUGUUGGAAUUUGAAAGAUUUCACCAAAAAUAUAAUUACUGGUCUGGAUUUUUGUAUUUGCCCAACAGCUGAACUUGUAGCAGGCAGAGGUGCAUGAGGUUUGUUCUGCGAGUUCUGUUGCUUGCUGUAGGCCAUAAUUAGUUGUAAAAAUAUCACACUCCUUCAUGUCAUCAACCAGCAAUCCACUUAACACCUUUAAUCAUACAUCAUUCAAAAAAGCCAUGUGUGUUUUGAAAGUGGUAUUUAUCCCUUUUUGAUAUCACUGUGCUGUAUUUGCAUGCAAAAAGGCAAAGAAAUGUAUCUGUUUAGUUUUUAUCCACAAAGUAUGGCCUCCACCUUCAAGGGUACAAAAGAAAUCCUUCUAUAAAAGGGUUGCAGGUUUUAAAGUGGCAUGCCAUAGGGAGGUAAAUGGAGCCAGUGCAUGUGUUGAAUUACUCAAAAGCUUGCAUGGGCCUGUGCAUUUGUAGUUGAGUCACCAAAUGAAGACAAUCUAGGUUGAGAUUAGAGGAGAUGACUUAAAGAAAAGGUAUGCACACCAUUUUUUUUUUCACUAACAUGCACCAUUCAGCAUAUUACAUGACUAUCCAAAUCACCUGUGUAACCUUACGAUGUCAGGAUUAUCAUGUGACCUGCCAGUUGAGUAGCUUGAAUGGAAAACCAUUGGCAGCGUUACUUAUCUUCCUGCAGUCAUGUUACUUUCCAAACAUGUCUGUUACAUUGAUUUGACUCUUCUGCCAUUCACCUUCAAGAAUACAGAUUUGUCAGUCAGCGGAACCACAAAACACAAAAAGAGAGGAAGCCUGAGUGGAGACGAGUAGGGAUGAGCAAGUAGCAACCACCAUGGCUAACUUUAACUGUGGAAAAUUGCAACUGUGACCUUUGUGGAUUUUUAUUUGCUUUGUGUCUUGAGAUAGAACUUGAAGACUUUUUUUUUUUUUUUACUUUUUUACUUUCACACGUACUGACCCAAACACUGGAGGCUUGACAGAGUGCCUUUCAUUGGUGCACUCCAAAAACCCGACCAGCACAGUGCCAGUUUGAUUAUCAGCCAGUAGAGAUUCAGUGCUGCCUGCACUCCAUUUAAGUGUUCCUACAUAACAAGCAGCUCUCCCACACAGCCAAAUGGAGCUCAGUCAUUGUGAAUUGAAACUCAGAAUAACCUUCUAGCACGACCGCCAAGACUGAGGUGUGGCCCAGAAACAUAAUGUUGGGAAGCUGGGAAAGGUUAAAAUACGAGACAACCAGUCUCGCUUGUGAAACAGAAGCACAUGGUUGUUUUGUACUACUCAGUUGUAAUGGGAGUAUACUGGCAGCUUAACGCUUGAGUGGUCUGAGACUUCUUGUAGCCAUCAUCUUGUGGUUGUUAGAGGAGCUGCAGCUGUAUGCUCUUCAUCAUGCGGUCAUGGUGGUUGCUAAUGCAAGCAAGAACACUUGAGAUACUUAGAAAAUGAUCGUAGUGUGUAGGUAGUUUAGAUUUUCUGAUUCAAAGUGGAUCACAGAAAGCAUCAUAUUGUCUAAACCGACUACCUGAGUAACUGUUCUUGUGACUGAGGUAUAGCGGUCAAAGACACAUCCCAUGAUGCCUUGGGCUCUAUAUGGCCCAGUACCCUAAUCAUCUUUUUUCCUUCUUUCUCUCUCAGUGGAUUCUGUCUCCACUUUCAGUUCUCAAAUAGCAACACAUUACAGAGCAUUUGAGCCUAACUUUCAGAUAGCAUGAGCGCUAUCCUAGCUAGCACUUGCAGAGACAUGGUCUAAGUACUUUUUCAUUUGCUUCAUAUAUUGUUUUUUGUCUUUUACGUGGUGUGUUAUUGUCUGCUGAGUUUCUCUGUAUGCAUGUAGGCAGCAUCCAAACAUUGUGGCAUCUCACUCCUGCUCACCUGAUCGCAAGUCUGUUUGAGUCUUGUUCUGCAAUAGAAAGUAGCAUUUCAGAAGACUUCAGUAGUCUGCUGUCACCCUGGUGCCAAAAUUAAAUUCCCCGCGCAAUCUCACAGGAUACAUAUUCAUCUCCACACUCAUCACGGCUGAUAGUGGAAUCGUUAUCAAAUUGCUGAUUUGCUGAAAAGUAGAUUUCUAAAGAUUUUGAUACUCAAAUACUUUUGUCCAAAAUAAGGUAUCUCCAGAACUGCUGACCAAACAUUGCUGUCCAUGGUUCCCAAACAAUGAACACUAAAACUCCCUUGACCAAAAUAUUAGCUUGUCACACGUCUCACAAUCUAACAAGCACAUUGCCAUGACAUUGACUCUAGCUCAAACAAUAAGGCGAGCAUUAUUCUGUAUUUGGCUUUUUUUUGUUGUUGUUGUUUGUUGUUUUUUUCUUAAAUCCAAUGAAAGACCAAUGCAUUAGUCCAUAUCUCUUCCUCCCUGGUUUGUCUCUACCCUGCCGGUCUGACAAGCCAAGGAGGAAAUAGUGCAUUUGUUGGGGACUAUUUUCAGCGGUGGAUUAAUCCACAUUUGGUGCUCUAGUGAGUAUU